AACAAAAAUGGCGUCGUUAUGGAAAAUCGUCGUGCUUUUGGACGUUAAUGUAUGCAUUGUUCUUCUAUGGUUUGGGAUAAGAACGUCUUACUUGAUGUUACUUGGAAUGCUAUGAGACAUUUUUGGGCAUUUGUUUUUAUACAAUGGAUGAUAACGAAGAGCAUUUAUUUGACUUAAAUGGGCUUGGUUUUACAAGUACCAUAGACAUUUUGUUUGGAUCAGGAGGUUCAGCUGAAGAAGAAAGUGACAAUAAAGCAAAUAUUGAUGAACAUAAUGAAUCAAACUGCAAUAAAGAUCUGGAACAGCAGUAUAUCAAUGAUGUUGGAUUUCACCCAUCAGACAUGGAUAGACAGAAAACAGAGCUAGACUUGAUGCCAGAUAUUGACAUGGAUGAAGCUUUUAUGAUAAACAUUGAGGAUAGAAAUAAUGGAGUAAAAGCUCCUGAUUCUGUAGUAUUUGGAAUGUCAACUCAUGAAGCAAACAGAUCAGUGUGUUCCAAUGCAAUAAACGCUGUUGAUGUGAAUGCAGCAGAUAGAAAUAAUUUACAACAAGAAACUAAUGAUCAAUUAAACAUUGAGCCACACACUCUUAUUGUGAACAAAGCAGAAACCAGUACAAAUGAAGUUCAGCUGAACAAAAAACUUGUGAACACAGAAUCUGAGCAAAAAGCUGUAUCACAUGAGCACAAGCAAAUGGAAGUGACUGAAACAGUAAGCACAAAUAAGCAUGCAGGUGGAAGUAAAUCAAGCAGUCAUAGAAGAAAGGAUGAGUCAUCACAGUCAAGAAAGUCAAAAGAGCAUAAUUCUCAUAAAAGUUCCAGUAAAACAAAGUCAUCCAGUAAGAAAGAAUCCAGUGAAAAAGAAAAGCAUGGUAUGUCUACAAAAGAAGAAGAUGGGGUUGUGAAAGCUGACAGAAAGCGUCAUAAAGGCAGCAAAUCUGAUCAUAGUCAUAAAGACAGCAAAUCUGAUCAUAAUCAGUCUAGUUCCAGUUCAAAGCAAAGUCAUUCCAAACCACAAACUGUCAAACAAGACAGUGGACAAAAACCAACAAUGAAUCCUAUUCAAACUCUCAGUAAGGAAACAGCUCAUGUGAGUGUUGAAAAAACGGUUCCAUCCUCAAUGCAAAGUAAUGUAAAUAGUGCACAUGAAACUGUAAAAAAUAAUGAAAAAGAUACUUGUUUGAAAAGUGAUAAACAUGUUAAACAUUUGAAAGAUGAUGCUAAACUGAAAAUGUCUGAUGCAAAGCAAAUUCCAGAAAUAAUUGACAGUAAUAGAACAGCAAUUGAUGAAAAUAAGCAGGAAUUGGACAUUGAAGAUGAACUUGCAAAAGUAGUAGAAGAAAGCAUUGCAAUAGAAAUUGAAAAGGAGCUUACACAUGUUAGUAGCAUUAUUGAAAACUCUGAAACAAGUGCCUCAACAAAACCAGAAACCAAAAGUGAAGGCCAAAAAACAUUAAAGGGUAUCUUAAAAAAGCAAGACAGUGACAGUAGCGUUUAUACAGGUGAGUUGUUGAUGCCUAACACAUCCAGUCAAAAACAAGAUUCAAGCAAACGACUUAGCAUCAGUGAGUAUAAAAAUAGAAAACGAAAGGAAAGAGUAACAGAUGAAAUGGGUAGUCCACCUCUAAAAUGUGCAAAAACAGAAUAUGUGGACACCAAAGAAAAUUCGAUGGGAACCACCAAUGAGGUUUCUGAACAAGGUAUAACUGAGAAUAUAAAUCAGUCAGAAAAAGCAGACAGUAAUUUACAAGACAAUGCAGAUUUACCAUCAGAAAGUAAAUACAAACUUAAACAUCAAGAUAAUGAGAUGAAUGCUGAAAAUUAUAAAGAAAAAGUUUCUUAUGAACCAAAUGACGAUAAUGACAGGAGCAGGGAUAAUUCUGAGACGAAAAGUUUUUCAGAGACUGAAGAGGUUAAAGUAAAAGAAGAGACUAGUGACACUGGUGAUCAAGAAUUCAUCUAUGAUGACAUAAGUGAAGUAGAGGUGGGUGAAGAUGUUGAUGCUAGUGACUCAGACAUUAUGGACGACAGUGAAAUUUAUGCAAUGAUAGAAGAUGGGGUAGAAGGAAAGGAGAGGCCAAGUAGGAAUAAAAUAUCGUCAGAGAAAGAAAGACAGAACUUGAAGGAAGGGGAGUGCAUCACAUCAGUGAAAUAUGUGCUGGAAGAGAAGAAUCAGGAUCCUUUUGACGUGCUGCCUCAAGGCUGGAUCAAGGUGAACCACAAUUGUGGGAUGCCCAUCUACCUACACAGACCCACUCGUACGGUGACCCUUACACGACCAUAUUUCCUUGGAGAAUCCAGUUUAAGGGGUCAUGCAAUUCCACUGAGUGCCAUUCCAUGCCUGCAAUACAAGAAGGCCAAGGAGAAAGAGGGGAGCCACACCCAGGACUGCAACACAACUCUGACAGAGGACACCCAGGGUGGGGAUGCCACCCCCACCACUGCCCCACCCCAGGGUGCCACUGCCCCAGCCGUCGAUACCACUGCUGACAUUGAGACAGGCAGCAGCACUGUCACUGAAGCAGAGAAGAUUAAAGAAAGCAUUGCUGCAGACACCCCUGCUGUUCCAAAAGUUGACUUGCUGAGCUCUGUUGACAUGCAGAAGAAGGGAGUUCUUGAAACCGAGGAAGUCCUUGAUUAUUGCAAGAAAUUGUUCCACUUUAAUGCCAUUACGGUUAAGAAAUUCAAAACUUGGAGAGAAAAGCGUAGCCAUCUUGCUGAGGAGGCCAAGAACAGGAAGAGAAUGGCUGUACCAAGACUGGGAGAGAACUCCAAACUGAUCACGUGUCCUCUACCAGUGGACGAGGGGGUAGAGCCGGGCAAGAUGAAGAAAAAAGUUUUAGGUUACAAGAGUGAUGCACAUUUUGCGUUCCUCUUGAAUCCCGUUGGCAAGACAUCACUGUGUAUUCUCCAUGAGUAUGCACAGAAUGUACUCAAGACCCACCCGCACUAUGUGUUCAAGGAAAUAGAGAACUCUGAGAACCCGUUUGAAGCUUCCAUAAUCAUCAACAACAUCCACUAUGCCAGCGGUAUUGGUCAGUCAAAGCGUCAGGCCAAGAACAACGCUGCUCAGAAUGCCCUCUGCAUCUUCAUGCCCUUCAUGAAGGACAACCUCAAAGUAGACAGGAAUGACAACUUUGGAUACUUUGAGAAUGUCCCCAUAGAAGACCCUAGAGUGCCAGAACUAUGUGAGAAAGCAGCUUUAAACAAACCCUACCAGAUCCUGGCAGACUGCCUCAGCAGGAACCAUGGUCUGGGUAACACAAACAUGCAGAUAGACAAGAAGCAGAUAUCAAACCAGAAGACAGAGUUCACCCUCACAGUGGGCAAACACAAGUGUUCAGUGAUAGCUAACAACAAGCGGGAGGCAAAGCAACAGGCUGCCCAGGUGAUGUUACAGAAACUUCACCCUAGUCUCACCAGCUGGGCUUCCAUACUGCGCAUGUACAGCUCGGCACCAAAGACCAACUUCGCACAGGCGCAACCUGAGCCACUGGAGUCCGAUACAAAGAAAAACUUUGAAAUUCUCAGUAAUCUCAAGAAGGCAAUGUUGGAGAUGAGACAGCAGUUGAAACAGAAAGAAGAGCAGAAGAAAGGAGACACAGCAAGCCUUGCUUCAAAUGCAGCGGUACUCAACUUAUGAAUGCUUCAACAAAUGCCUUCUCAUCAACCAAUCCCUGGUAGAAUAAUUGGUCUCAGAAACUAGUCUCGUGCUAUUGACUGAUCAAGAGUGCUUCUUUUUAGCUCGGCUGUUUUCGAAGAAAACCCAAGGUAUUGUCAUAGCCAGCCCGUCGUCCGCCGUCCGCGUCGUGCUAAAACGUUUACAUUUUGUUAAGGUUUUGAACAUUGGCUCUUAAAUCAAAGUGCUUCAACCUACAACUUUGAAACUUCACAUGUAGAUGCACCUUGAUGAGUUCUACAUGCCACACCCAUUUUUGGGUCACUAGGUCAAAGGUCAAGGUCACUGUGACCUCUAAAAAAAAUCUGACCAGCUUUCAUUUAUUAAAAACUGCACCCGCAGCCGAGCGUGGCACCCGUUAUGUGGUGCUCUUGUUAUGUAAUUAUAAUAUAUAUUUCCUAAAAAAUGUGGUAAAAAUAGAAAUAAUAUUUUGCUCUUUGGAUAUGAACUAUGUGAUGAGAGGAGUAUGAUUGUCUAUGAGAUAUCUUUCGCUGUUGUGCUACUUAAUAUAAAUGUUUACAUCAAAUAUUUGAUAUUUACUGCUUGUACCUGGGUACUUGUAAUCCAAUUUAUACAUACAAGUAUAAAUAGUUUUGUUUGUGUAUGGGACUGGCUCAAUUUUACGACUGGUUCUUAAAUCCUGAAUAAUUGAAAACACAAAAGGCCAUGAUACUGUAUAAUCAAUGAUCUUGUUGCAAUGUUUAUUAAGGUAAUUUUUAUUUUGUAUUCCCCAUAAGUGUCAUAUAUUUUAUAAGUACAUUGUUUUACGCAAUUUGCUAAGAUAAUUGAUACAACUUAAAUAGCUUAAUUAUAUGUUUCAAUGUAAUUCAUAUGAAUCAAAUUUCAAUUAUAAGAGUCUAUGAAAUGAAUAAGGCCUUUUAUGCUGUCAAGAUAAUACAGCAGCUUGUGCAUACUAUCAAUGUUUUGCUAUUGAUUCAUUGCUAAGGAGUUAUUGCCCUUUGUUUAAAAUUUCAUAUCAAAGCUACUGUAUUUAACUCCUACUGUAUUUUUGCCUUCGAUUUUUGACAAACGUUGAUAGAAUAAUUAUCUAUUAGUGAUUUAGCAAAUAGGCUAAAGAUUUCACAAUUGCUUUGCUUUUUUAAGAAGUGUGGGUUUUAUGCUCCAUUGUACACAAUUUUAUAUUAAAGCUUCUAUGCAGAACUCCUCCCAUGUUUUGCACACCAUUUUCCUCAAUCAUGUACAGAAUUAUAAUAUCAAAGUGCUCCAGGGCAUAUUGAGGAGGUUUCAAGAUUGCAUUUCUUUUAAGGAGUUAAUGUCCUUUUAUUAAAGUAACAUAAUGCCAGGGCCCUGUUAUUGAAGUUUUUGCAGUUUUUUCUCUCUUUUUUUUGAAAUAGUGAAUUUGUUUGGUCACUUGACUUAUUGCCCUUUAAUUAAUAAAGCCUUUUCAUGUUAGAUCUAAGACAAAAAUGAACCAAAUGAUACGAAAAUUCAUAUUUUGUAUCCCUUUGGAUGGACAUGCGUAUAUUUACAGAUUGUUCCACUCAAAUAAUUGUUCAGGCAGUCAUUGUCAUUUUAUUAAUAAUUUUACAUCUGCUAAUACAUCUUACUUCUUUAUGUGAGAUGACCUGAACUAAUUAAACAAAUGUUAUUAAUCUCUACCUGCAUAUGCACUAUCCCGGCAUGCUCUUAUUGUCGUGGCAUUCAGCUGUACUGAUUUUUCAGAGAGUUAUUGACCCUUGAACAACAAUUUGUUUCCAAGCAACCCAUAUAUCAACUUAGCCAUUAAUUUAGAAGCAUCAAUCAGUUUCACUGAUGUUUCUCUUUGAAGAAGAAAUUAUAGUUAAAUACAAAGAUUUAUCAAACUAGGUAAUAAGCUGAAAAAACGAUAAGUUGUUAAACAUAUUUAACCUGAAUAUUAUUAUAAAUGUGUAUUUGUCUUUUCAUUUAUGAAGGAGCUCUUUUCAAAACACUCAUUUCAAUGUUGUAGUAAAUGUUUUUCAACGAAAGAGACUACAUACGUAGUAUUCACGUUUUUGAUGUUGUUCUUUGUAAUCUUCUAUUUAAAAACUAUUUUCAAGUUA